AUGGCGGCGAAAAAGAAAGUAGAAGGCCAAGUUCCCCCUGAAGAAAGUGAUUUAUUAGUUAUAAAACCUCUUGGUGCAGGUCAGGAAGUGGGCAGAUCAUGUAUUAUUUUAGAAUUCAAAGGAAAAAAAAUAAUGUUGGAUUGUGGAAUACACCCCGGUUUAUCUGGCAUCGAUGCUCUCCCGUUUGUUGACAGCAUCGAAGCAGAUGAAAUAGAUUUACUACUUAUUAGUCACUUCCAUCUUGAUCACUGUGGUGCAUUGCCUUGGUUUUUGCUGAAGACUGCUUUCAAAGGAAGAUGCUUUAUGACACAUGCUACGAAAGCUAUUUAUCGAUGGCUGCUCGCCGAUUACAUCAAAGUUAGCAACAUUGGGACUGAACAAAUGCUGUACAGCGAAGCCGAUUUGGAAAGCAGCAUGGAAAAGAUCGAAACAGUGAACUUUCAUGAGGAAAAAGAAGUUAACGGGGUGAGAUUUUGGUGCUAUAAUGCCGGACACGUCCUCGGUGCGGCUAUGUUUAUGAUCGAGAUAGCAGGUGUGAAAGUUUUGUACACUGGCGAUUUUUCGAGGCAAGAAGAUAGACAUUUGAUGGCAGCAGAAAUACCUAGUGUCCAGCCGGAUGUGUUGAUCAUUGAAUCUACAUAUGGCACUCAUAUUCAUGAAAAAAGAGAUGAACGCGAAGCUCGUUUCACCGGUCUUGUGCAUGAUAUUGUUAACCGUGGGGGAAGAUGUCUUAUUCCUGUAUUUGCAUUAGGAAGGGCUCAAGAGCUUUUAUUGAUCCUGGAUGAGUAUUGGUCGAAUCAUCCCGAACUUCAUGACAUUCCUAUUUAUUAUGCGUCGUCCUUGGCUAAAAAAUGCAUGGCUGUGUAUCAAACUUACAUCAAUGCCAUGAAUGAGAAAAUUCGAAGACAAAUAGCAAUCAACAAUCCUUUCGUAUUCAAACAUAUUUCUAAUCUAAAGAGCAUUGAUCACUUUGAUGACAUUGGUCCAUGUGUUGUGAUGGCUAGUCCUGGGAUGAUGCAGAGUGGUCUCUCGCGGGAGUUGUUCGAAAGCUGGUGUACUGAUCCCAAGAAUGGCGUCAUCAUUGCCGGUUACUGUGUGGAAGGUACUCUCGCGAAGCACAUACUGUCGGAACCAGAGGAAAUCUCAACGAUGAACGGUCAGAAGCUGCCUCUGAAAAUGUCCGUGGAUUACAUUUCGUUCUCCGCUCAUACGGACUAUCAACAGACGAGCGAGUUCAUCCGAAUGCUGAAACCGCCUCACAUUGUUUUAGUUCAUGGUGAGCAAAACGAAAUGGGUCGUCUCAAAGCUGCCGUCAUUCGCGAGUAUGAAGAUGAUCAAGACGUGCACAUAGAAGUUUACAAUCCCAGAAAUACGCAAGGUGUUGAGUUAUAUUUUCGUGGUGAAAAGACUGCAAAAGUGAUGGGAACUCUUGCUGUUCAGCCCCCUCAACCUCAAACUCCUUUGUCUGGUGUUUUAGUUAAAAGGAACUUUAGUUACCAUCUUUUAGCGCCUUCAGAUCUUUCUAAAUACACUGAUAUGGUUAUGAGUACCAUUAGCCAACGUCUCAGCGUACCAUAUACAGGUACCAUGCAAGUCCUUCAUUUUUAUCUCAAUCAGUUAUCCACCAAUGCCAAGUCGAUUCCAAAUUACAAAACUUUUUCAAAGAAUUCUGCUCUUGAAGUGUUUGGAGCAAUUAAGAUUUUCCUAGAGCCCAAAGUAGCUGUUUUAGAAUGGACUGCCAGUCCCGUGAAUGAUAUGUAUGCCGAUGCAGUUGUUGCUGCUAUUCUAAAGGCAGAAAAAUCAGAGUUAACGGCAAAGACAUUAGCACCGCCCGUGAAAAUGGAUAAAAUGCAUUUUACUGAAUGUCUCAUGGAGAUGUUGUCUGAAAUGUUUGGUGAAGAUUCUGUCAGUAAGAUUGUGCGUGGGAAAAAGGUGUCGGUUACUGUGAAUGGCAAAAAGGCUGUCAUAAAUGUUGAUACUUUAGAUGUUAAGUGUGAAGAUGAUGAAGUAUUGCAACAAAUGGUUCACACCGCUGUUGUAAAACUGCAUAGCUGCCUAAUACCUCCAAAAAUUGGAGUUGAUGUUAUGCCUAAUACUUAAGCAGUUGGGGAACUAAAAGUUGUGUUUAUUGACUCAGACAUGACUACAUUUCUUUUUAUUAAUUUGCAAUGAGUGAAAGUCAGAAACUUCAAUUAUAUCAAUACAAUAUUCUGUAUUAAAACUUUCUAUUAAUUAUAUAUCAGAUUAGCAGUGCUUGCUAAUUCUUCAAAAAUAUUUUUCAACCUAACAUUGUGUAAAAUAAAAGAAU